ACAACAUUUCGGUGCUAUGGAGACGGGCGUUACAAAUAGGGGGACGCCCUGAUCUUAUUCGCAGUGUAUCCCCGUCCAGACGCAGAAACUGUUCUCAGGCAAACAUUACAGUCAUGUUUAAAUUUGGCGUGAUCGUGCUUCUUCUGGGUUACAGCCCUAAAGCGUUUGCAACCGACUGCACUGCAUGUAAAGAUACGUAUGUGGCUGCAAGAGAUACUUCCGGCGCCACAGAUACACAGAAAUGCGCUGCACUCGCGACAUAUCUGACCUGCCUUGAGACAUCUGCGAAGACUGACACCGGGUGUCCGCUACCAACUGCUGAUGCCGCUGCCAUUGAGACUGGUUAUGGCGACUUUAGUUGUAGUGGGGAGGCAGUAUUUACAGCAACCUGCAAUUGUCAGAAAGAAUUCUGGAAGACGGACCAAAGUGCAAAUGCUGCAGCUAUUUGCAGCGCCGCGAAGGCUUACAUCACGUGCUUGAAGGGGAAGACAGAUGUGGCCUGUGAUGGUUCCACCACUGUAGCAGCUCUGGCUACUGGCGUAGAGACUAGGAUAACAAAUCUGGGAAGCACAGACUGUACUGUCACCACCGCCUGCCAGUGUGAAAUUAAUGCCGCUAAAGCAGACAUCUCUGAUGCCACUAAGUGCACUACCUACAAGGCUCAGUUCGAAUGUCUCUACUCACUGACCACUGCACCCUGUGCAAGCGGUACUACCAUAGACGCUCUAAGGUCUGCUGCAGCUCUCUCUGUAACAUCUACAGCAUCUUGCACUGUCACCACCGCCUGCCAGUGUGAGCUUGACGCCGCUAAAGCAGACACCUCUGAUAAUGCCAAGAAGUGCACUGCCUACAAGGCUCAGUUCGCAUGCCUCUACUCACUGACCACUGCACCCUGUGCAAGCGGUACUACCAUAGACGCUCUGAGGUCUGCUGCAGCUACGUCGGUAACAUCUACAACAUCUUGCUCUGUCACCACCGCCUGCCAGUGUGAGAUUGACGCAGCUAAAGCAGACAUCUCCACUGAUGCCAAGAAGUGCACUGCCUACAAGGCCCAGUAUGCAUGCCUCUAUCCACUGGCUACGGAUCCCUGUGCUGGCGGUACCACUAUAGAUGCCCUGAAGACGGCUGUCGCUAACUCUGUAACAACUACAACAUCUUGCAAUUUUGACACAUGUGUCUGCCAGAGAACUUUCGAUGCUGCAACAAAAGAGACUGAUGAACAAAAAUGCACCGCUUACAAAGCUGAGUUGAGCUGCCUGAGUACUGCUCAAUCAACCGGCUGUGACGGCACUACGAACAAGAGCGCCAUUGCAACGGCUUCUGAAUCAGCAAGAGCCCUACUGCCAACAGGCGAUUGUCCAGCCCUAACUUCCACGUGCCAGUGUGAGGUCAACGCUGCAAAGGGAGACGCUUCCACUAGCGCGACAUAUUGCACUGUCCUGACUACACUGAAAACCUGCCUCUCUGCUAUCACCACCACUACCGAGGCAGGGUGUACUUCAACAACCCAGGCAGAUCUUCUGACUGACACCAACGACAAGAUAACCGCAGCCACAUGUGGGAGUGCUGCGGAUCAUGUGACCUUUGCGACGACGUCACUGAUCGUUUCAGUUCUUGUAAACAUGUUCCUGUAACCGCCCUCAAUGCUGGCACUUUGAAACUCCUGUUUAUUCUGAGCUUUUCUGCAUGUAGAUGUGACAUUGUGGAAUGACGGCAAUGUGUGUCAUAUUGGAAUUUUCUAUUUGUCGUCACCAACUUUUGAUUUGUAUUACCAACAUUAGUUUUUCUAUCUUCGGGUGAAAUUGUCAAUGAAAACGGGUUGACUUAUUUGAUUAUCGACAUGAAGCUAUUUUCAAUGAGGCUUUCCGAAAAAAUACGAAAUGCUUGUAUGACCGCAAUGUAUGACGUGGGCCAUACAUAAUUCAUGUAACCACUGACGAACACUUUGUGGUCAUACUUAUUAUUACUCUGAUAUGUCCGAAAGAGCAUCUUUGGUUCCGGUUUUGAUAACUCUACGGCUUAUAUGCUGUUGUUCCAAACGUAAAAAACAUGUGGGAUACUCACAUGACUCAACCCACGUGUUCCGUACCCUAAUGACGUGUUGAGUUAAUCCUUGUUGAUUGUUCCGCUGAAAUAAACGGUACUGUUCACGAAA